GCCCCAUUUCCUUUCUCGCCCUUCGGCUAGCGCUGGGGGUGGCGGCGGGGCCCGCUUGCUUCGGAGCCUCCCGCGCCAGGCCCAGCGCUGCGCCUCAGCCCCAGCUGUAGCAUGGGCCGCUCCCGGCACGUGGGCUGGGUGGCGGCGGGCCUGGUCCUCGGGGCCGGCGCCUGCUACUGCAUUUACAAGCUCACGCGGGGCCAGCGGCAAGGCGACCGCAGGCUUAGGCUGCGCCCCUCGCGCUCCGCAGAAGAUUUAACCGAUGGUUCAUACGAUGAUAUACUAAAUGUUGACCAGCUUCAGAAACUCCUCUACCUGCUUGAGUCCACUGAUGAUCCUAUAAUUAUCGAAAGAGCUUUGGUCACUCUGGGUAACAAUGCAGCCUUUUCAGCUAACCAAGUCAUUAUUCGUGAAUUGGGUGGUAUUCCAAUCAUUGGAAGCAAAAUCAAUAAUCCCAACCACAGUAUUAAAGAGAAGGCUUUAAAUGCACUGAAUAACCUGAGUGUGAAUGUUGAAAAUCAAGUGAAGAUAAAGGUAUACAUCAAUCAAGUUUGUAAGGAUGUCCUCUCUGGUCCCCUGGACUCUGCUGUGCAGCUGGCUGGACUGAGAUUGUUAACAAACAUGACAGUUACAAACGACCACCAGCACAUGCUUCACAAUUACAUUACAGACCUGUUCCAUGUGUUGCUUACAGGAAAUGGAAGUACCAAGGUUCAAGUUUUGAAGCUGCUUGUGAAUUUAUCUGAAAAUCCAGCCAUGGCAGAAGGACUCCUUGGUGCCCAAGUGGAUUCAUCAUUUCUUUCCCUUUAUGACGGCCAUGUGGCAAAGGAGAUCCUUCUUCGGGUUCUUACGCUAUUUCAGAAUAUAAAUAACUGCUGCAAAAAAGAAGGCUGUUCAGCUAUGCAGCCUACUUUCCCUAAAGGUUCACUGUUUUUCCUGUUAUACGGAGAAGAAUGUGCCCAGAAAAUGAGAGCUUUAGUUGAUCACCAUGAUGCAGACGUGAAGGAAAAGGUAACAGUAUUACCAAAAUUCUAAUUGGUCCUAUUUUUCAUCUUCCUUACCAAGGGAGCUGAAAUUCUUUUCACCUGCUGAAUUUAAAUGGUAAUUUCCUCAUUAACACAUUUCAACAUUAACACAACAUAACUUGCCAUGGUCUUCUGGUUUAUUUUGAACCAUUUUAUUGAUACCAAAUGAAGAGCUUGUUCUGAAAGCAUGUCUUUUUAUUUUGCCGUUUGUGGAGUUUACUUCAAUUAUUUCCUCUACGUGACAUGACAGUUUUCUUUUUUAUGUGUAAGCUUACCUGCCCUUAGAAGUGAUGUGCAGUUACUUGUCUGAGACCCCAUUAGUGUGUGAUUAAUUAGUUCGUCGGGGCUGCUGCAGGAAUGACCUUGUUCUCGUGGUAGAGCUCCUGAGCCUUUGAGGCCACCCCCCAGCCCAGCCAUACCACAUGCUUCCAGAAGUCUGUUCCCAGCAUUAGAGUUUAGUCUGAGUUGGUGAAAACUCUCCCCAUCCUUACCACUCCCACUCAGUACACCAGCCUGUGAAGAUGCCGUGUAUAAUCAAAUGUCCAUCCACAGGCAACUGGUUAAGUCACUUACCUAAUCUUAGAAGAAAUAAGCAAGUCUGAAUGUGCUCAUGUGGAAAGGCAUCCAUGAAAUAGGCAUGUGUUUUUUAAAUGAACAAUUUAUGCUUCCAUCCAGAGAGAAUAUUUUCUAGAAUGAUAACCAAGAUGGGACUGAGGAAAGGUCUUUUCUAUGUUUACCCUUCAAUUGUCUGAAUUUUACUAUGAGCAUAAGUUUUAUAAUUUUUUAAAUAAAAAGGAAGAGUUCAUACACA